AGUUUGUAACUUUGUUUUCAAUUUUACACUCAAUUAUUUUAUCAACCAGUCAGGCUAUUGUAUAAGCAUUUAGGAUCGACUGACUGGCCCAAGAAUCGACUCGGGCUUCAGGCUUAUAGGCUAAUUCGAAGACUGCCCUCUCAAUCUUUGGAAGUUAAAAAGAAUAUCAACAUGAAUUUACUACCAAAAGAGCAUGGAGAAUUCGUGAAACCAGAGUAUUGGGAGAAAUUCUUCAAAAAGCGUGGGGGAAAAGCAUUUGAGUGGUAUGGGGAAUACCCUGACCUAUGUGGAAUUCUCCACAAGUACAUCAAACCACAAGACAAGUUGCUGGUAGUGGGGUGUGGAAACUCACAGCUCAGUGCAGACCUCUAUGAUGUCGGACACCAUAGCAUCGUUAACGUUGACAUCACCGACGUCGUCAUCAGACAGAUGAAAGAUAAGAACGAGAAACAACGACCACAGAUGAAGUUCUUGAAGAUGGAUGUGUUGAAUCUAGAGUUUCCAGACUCAGAAUUCUCGGUGGUGCUGGACAAAGGGACCUUGGACGCCUUGAUGGUGGACGACACAGUCAAGGUCACGGCCGACAUUGAGCGGAUGUUCUCAGAGAUUGACCGUACAUUGAAACUGAUGGGCCGCUACAUAUGCAUCUCCCUCCUGCAGGAACACAUUCUGAAGAAGAUCGUUGGCUUUUUCUCUGAGCUAGGAUGGGCAGUAAGGAUUCAUCGAAUUCACGUGGAUGAUUCCUUGAAGGACGAGAAAGAAUUCCACAUGCCUGUUUUUGCCAUUAUCUGCACAAAAUUCAAGAAAAACCCUAGUCUUCAACAGAUUCUGGAGGUGUGUGCCUAUGAAGACAAGAAUGAACGGUUCAAAACUGUUGCUGACCUUAUGAACGUUGUCAAGGAGAUGCAAUACUAUGCUGUGAUCAGACAGAGGAUUGCUAAGAGGAAAGUAGCGGACGAGCAGUUAUCGUUGUCACUUUACACUGAUGUGGCGUCAACCCCUAGAUACACGCUCCACAUAGUUGAUUCUGCCGCAAAACUUGUCAACAAGUUUGCAAUCUUCAUAGUUCCACAGGGAAGGGAAACAGAGUGGAUGUUCUCAACAGAGGCUGGCCGACAACAGCUGUCAGAGAGUGCAGGGUUUGAGCGUCUAGUGGUUGUGACCUUGGACAGGAAUCACGCCUACCUUGACCUUGAGGCCGUACAGGCAGAACUUUCUGGGAAAGUCAUGGAGUUGGCACCACCAGGAUUCAAAAUGGGGACUAAGGUUCCAUUCCUGUCCCUAGGCAAUGAUAUUGGUUCCCGUAGCGUUGUUAAGCAGGGGUCAAGCAAAAUGAGCGGAGAAUACAUAAUUGAAGACGUAGAAGGUGACAGUGGUACUACGUACAGACGACUGGUCUUUCUGUCCAAUCAGAAUGUUGUGCAAUCGGAGGCACGGCUGAAAACAGUGAAAAAGAAGGGCAAAGGGAGGCAAACAGUGAUGGUUGUUGACAAGAGUUACCUGGCCUGUCAACACCACCUGACCAUGGUAGCAGGUCUGUCCUGUGUUGCCAGUCUGCCCACACUUCUUGAUGACCAGCUGUCCGUUCUACUGAUAGGCCUGGGAGGUGGAGGCCUACCCUCUUUCAUGCAUCAGUUUUUUACUAAGGUCAACAUUGAAGUGGUGGACAUAGAUCCAGAAAUUGUUGCCAUAGCUAUAGAAUGGUUUGAGUUUCAACCAGACGACAAACUGCGUGUUUGUGUGGAUGAUGGAUUGAAGUUUGUUGAAAAUCAGAGAGAAAAAGGCCGCAAGUGGCAUGUCAUAAUGCUGGAUGUGGACAGUAAAGACCUCAGUGUCGGAAUGAGUUGUCCCCCGGAGCCCUUCGUGGAGCCCAGCUUCCUGAGAGCAGUCAAGUCGUGCCUGCAUGACGAAGGUGCACUUGUUUUGAACCUGGUGUGUCGAGACGAGAUGUUAAAGUCUGCAGUUUUAAAGAACAUUCAGACAACGUUUGCAGAAGUGUAUUCCUGUCAGGUGCCAGAUGAGGUCAACGAAAUAAUUUACGCCCUGAACAGGGAAAAUACAGACGUUUGUAUUACCCCAGAAAAGAGUAAAGUACAUCCAAGUGAACAGGCAAUUGUUACUAAUAGUGCUCAAAAAGUAGAUGAAAAUACUGCAGCGUGUAGAAAAACAAAACUGAAAGAAAAUUGCCAAUAUCUGGACAGUUAUAUACGCAAACAGGGUGGCUGCGAAAAAGACUUUGAUAUUGUUAAAGAGAUGGAAAACUUGACAGUGAGAUGAUAGGGUAAUAUGGUUAGACAGGAAUAAAAUAAUGCCCAAUUUGUCUAAAAAAAAUUAGCUUAAUGUUUCAAAUAACAGGCACACUAUCCGCAACUCAUUCUGGCAUUAGCAUCAAUGUCUGGAAUAGGUUAUAGGUGUCACUGUGUUUUUUUGAAAGAUAAUUUGUCAGAAAUGGCUUGAGGGAUUUCAUUCAAACUGAAAACUUAUUCAGACGAGUCCAAUGGGUCUCUAGUUUGAUAUUUCAAAUUUGUCAAAACUGGAGGCCUUUUUAGAGAAAGCUAGUUAACUUUUAUUUUUUUCGUUAAGCCAGUUUCUGAUGAAAUCAGAGAUUUCUCACCUCGGACAUUUUAAUUAAUACACUGUAACUCCAAUAUAGUGCGGUCCGUUAUAACGCUGUGUCCAAUAUAACGCGGGGGGUCCUUGGAUCCCGUUUUUUCUCCAACCUUCCAUUUCUGAUUCAAAUCCAUGUUAUGCAACUUCAUGUAUUUUCAGAAAAUUCAAAGAAGCCGUCGAUCACAGCUUGAUUGCUUUAUCCGUCCGCUUAACUGAUUUUAAUCGAUUAGAGGUUGAACGACACUCGACAGUUAAUUGGUGUUAAUCUGUUGUGUAAUGUCAAAAAAGGUGUGAAAACUCGCGAGUCUGUGUUUAUUACAUGUAUUCCCUAUCAGAGCGGUUCAGUGCGCUAAUUUCAAUACGGCAAGUGCAAGCGGAAUAAUUAAAGUUAUUUAAAACGAUUACCUGUUUAUGUUUUGUAUUUAUCGUGUAUGGUAUUUCAUUGUAUAAACUAUGGCUGUGUAAGUGUGUUAUCGUUUAUUAUAUGCUACACAUGCUUGAUAAAUAAAAAUAUCUGUGUGUGAGAUGCACUUAAAUUUGUGCCCGUUAUCUGAAAGUCCACGGAAAGCACGUUUUUCACAUGCUGCAUAUGACGCAAUAAAAUGUUUUUUUGUAUAUGUAUCGUAUUGCAUUCAAUCUAAUUUUAAAUUCGCUCGUCCAAUGAAAGCUGUGUCCCAUAAUGCACUGUACUAAUUUUUCUGAAAAAUGGCGUAGGCAUAUGAAUUUGUUUACAAAUUUCGUAAACAUAUUUCUUGUCAUAAAUGUUUAACAUUAUUUUUUCGUAAGUGAUGUUGUAAUUAUAUUGGAUUAUCGGAUAAAUGUGCACAUUAAAAAAGCGGUAUGUAUACUGUUAUCGUUCGAUUCGGUUUAUAUGCAUGUAUUUGCGGAUGACAACACAGCAUGACAUAACACAGGACCUAUAUUAUAGGCUAUACUUUACAUGUUUUUAUAGCCCUCUUAAUUAAAUAAGCUCAAAACUUAUAACGCUGUCCGUUUAUAACGCUGUUGCGUGGCUUGGACCCCGUCAUCCGCGUUAUAUUGGAGUUACAGUGUAUAUUAAAACAGUGAAGGCAACAACAGAAAUUCCAAAAGGUUAUUACAAGUGAUGUUAUUAAAACAAUGCUUUACCUAAGUGUGAGAUAUAAAAGAAUUGCACACACAAAAGAGUUGAGAUUGCUGUCCAGCUACUGCAGUAGUUGGUUCACAUGCCUCUCACUAAACAAUGCAGGCUAAAUUCCCACUGGACACUUGUGAGUUUGGUUGGUGGUCAUCAUACCAGAUAUUCAGAGUUUUCUCUAGAUACUCCAAAAUUCAAUACAAGACCAAUGAAUCGCUGGAAAUUGCAGCUGUGCUUCAAGUUGAUGAGAGUUGUCUUGAGUUUCGUAACUUAAUUUAAGGUACCUUCGAAGCUACAUUUGAUUGUGGUCAUUUAAAUCACUAAACAGAAGUUGUCAUGAAAGUUCAAAAUUUAAAAUUGUUAAAACUCAAAUGAAGGAAAGUAAUAUGAUUAACAUAUAAAGUGCUUUUGAAGUAGUUUCCAAACAGAGAAUGGACGAAGUAAGCAUUGUGUUUUCCGAUGAAAACCAGAAGAUGUUGUAUGGAUAGAAAGAGAAACUACGCUUCCAACACUGGACAUUUUCGUUAAUGAGAGUUUUCAGAAUUAACAUGAUCCUAGGCUGCUUACCUGAGUUUAAUGAGUAAAUUGGCUUGCAUUGAAAUAUGUGUUCAGAAGUUAUAGAAAUUUUAAUAUCAUAAUUAUGGUCAUACAAACAACCAAUUAAAUGAUAUAUUGCUUCUGUUUUGUUAAUACACACAAUAUGUAUCUAAAACAUUUUAAGGAAAUGUUGACAAAAGUGUCUGUCUUUUACAUGAAACGAAAAACUAAAUCAUAGUCUUUUAAACAAAUUUUAAUAAUACUUAUAAAUAUUAUACCGUACAUACAUAUCUACACAAAAAAGGAAUGUAAAUCAAUAUAGCCUAGACAAGAUGACUACAUGUAAUAGAGCAAUAUUGUCCCAAUAGACAAGGUUAAAGUGCCCCUCUGAAGCAUUAAUAAUUAGACAAUAAACAUUGACACCACAUUAUUAAAUAUUAUACAGACAUCAACAAAGUGAUCGUUGUAAGUCAGACAUUUCCAGGCACUUUUCUUACAGGUAUUCUGUAUUUAUUGGACUGUUAAAGAGUUUUAGAAUGGUUUAUAUAUAAAACAACUACCAACUUAAUGCAAAUAAAGAUAUUUCACAUUGUAUUAUUUUA